UAAUAACUCUUGUUAUUCUGUUUCAUUUAUAAGAAAGAUAAUCUACCAAAUAUAAAAAUGCUGGAAGGAGCAAGAUAUCUUUGAUCCACACAGACCUUUUCCAUUAAUGUGCUUUAAUUAUCUUCUGCCAACAAUUGAAGCGAGCUUCUUUACUUUCGUUUAUGAUUGUUGUUUUGUUUUUCACGUUUGUCAGUUAAUAGGCAAACAGAGGAAUGAGCCUGCUUAGAAUUACUCGUUCAACUCAUAGUUGUGCUUCAUCUCGACUAUUGAGGCUUAGCAUCUUUCUACUAGUUAGCCUUCCUGACUCAAAAGGAAAAGCCAUUUGGACAGCCCACCUGAAUAUAACAUUUCAGGUAGGAAAUCGGCUUAUAUCAGAAUUAGGAGAGAGUGGAGUGUUCGGGAAUCAUUCUCCUCUGGAAAGGGUGUCUGGUGCAGUGGUACUUCCUAAAGGAUGGAAUCAGAAUGCUUGUAAUCCUAUGACCAAUUUCAGCAGGCCUGAACAGGCAGACUCUUGGUUGGCUCUCAUUGAACGAGGAGGCUGUACUUUUACACACAAAAUCAAUGUGGCGGCAGAGAAGGGAGCGAAAGGGGUGAUCAUCUAUAAUUAUCCAGGUACGGGCAACAAAGUAUUUCCCAUGUCUCACCAGGGAACGGAAAAUAUAGUUGCAGUGAUGAUAGGCAACUUGAAAGGCGUGGAACUUUUGCGCUUGAUUCAGAAAGGGGUCUAUGUGACGAUCAUCAUUGAAGUGGGGAGAAUGCACGUACCGUGGCUGAGCCAUUAUGUCAUGUCUCUGUUUACCUUCAUGGCUGCUACAGUUAUCUACAUUUUUCUGUACUGUGCCUGGAGAGCUAGAGUGCCCAAUUCUUCCACCAGGAGGCGAAGACAGAUAAAAGCAGAUGUGAAGAAAGCUAUUGGUCAGCUUCAACUGCGGGUGCUCAAAGAAGGGGAUAAGGAACUAGAUCCAAAUGAAGACAAUUGUGUUGUUUGCUUUGACAUAUACAAACCACAAGAUAUAGUACGUAUUUUAACUUGCAAGCAUUUUUUCCAUAAGGCAUGCAUUGACCCCUGGCUUUUAGCCCAUAAGAUGUGCCCCAUGUGCAAGUGUGACAUUCUGAAAACUUAAGAAACCCAGAGACUCUUCUGAAGAUGUAACCGAGUCUUUCCAAAGAUUGGAAUUAAAUGAAUUCUCUUAGCACUUUAUGUAGAGAGAAAAUUCAACUUGAGUUUCUCUACCCAAGUACUAAAGAGGGUAAAAUUUGUGUGUUUUUAAAAUAAAACUCCAUAUCAUGCCCAGCUAUUUGAA